AUGAGUUUUCUUUUCGGAAGCCGGUCGAACAAGACCUUCAAACCAAAAAAGAAUAUUCCUGAGGGCACUCACCAGUACGACCUGAUGAGGCACGCGGCGGCCACACUCGGCUCCGGCAACCUGCGCCUCGCCGUUAUGCUGCCAGAGGGCGAGGACCUGAACGAGUGGGUUGCCGUUAACACUGUAGAUUUCUUCAAUCAGAUCAACAUGCUGUAUGGCACGAUCACAGAAUUUUGCACAGAAGAGUCGUGUGCAGUGAUGUCGGCGGGGCCCAAGUAUGAGUACCACUGGGCAGACGGUCAUACUGUUAAGAAGCCCAUCAAAUGCUCAGCACCCAAGUACAUUGACUACCUGAUGACCUGGGCACAGGACCAACUUGAUGAUGAAACACUCUUCCCCUCUAAAAUAGGUGUGCCAUUCCCGAAGAAUUUCCUUUCAAUGGCAAAGACAAUCCUCAAACGUUUAUUCCGUGUGUACGCUCACAUCUACCACCAGCACUUCCCAGAGGUGGUGCAGCUGGGCGAGGAGGCGCACCUCAACACCUCCUUCAAGCACUUUAUAUUCUUUGUGCAGGAGUUCAGUUUGAUCGAGCGACGGGAGCUGGCCCCCCUGCAGGAGCUCAUUGAGAAGCUGACGGCCAAGGAGGCGCGAUGA